AUGAAAGUUCCCCCUCCGACUAGGCAACCUUCCGUGCAGAUUGAGGAAGACCUCGACUCACGAGUCAUCAACUCGGCAAACUCAGCCAAAUCCCAUAAGGAUAAACGGAAGGCUAAGAAAGAAGCGGCAAAAUCACCCCCCAAACCGCAACCGACGGAAACACAGAAGAAACCCGUAAAGUCGGAAGCCAAGGAGUCGACCAAACCGAAGUCGGAUUCUACGGUGAAUACGCCGAAGUCUAACCCAGCCAAGCGGCAUAAGUCAUCCGACGAAUUGGAUACCUCUGAUGCCGGCCCACAAAGGACCGAGCAGAAGGAGAAAACUCAAGAACCGCACGAUAAGGAAGCGUUGGAGCGUAGAAUCCAAGAAGUCAUGGAACAAGCCGGCACACAGACGACUAAAACUCCAGUCGGACGAACCCAGAAGUCGUCCAAGCCGCCGAUGUCGACUAAAGACCCCCAGCGCUCAACAUCGAAGCAACAGUCCGAUGCGGAAUCCGAUCAGAUUUCGGACAUCGAAGCGAAGGAUUCAAUCUCCGACAAUGGAGAAGACGAUCCGUACGAGGGAUUCAAAGGCGACCUGAAGGAAAUCUUCCAACACGGAGCCGACACCGACGAAUCACAGUGGCCGGGCCCGGACGACGUACGUGAUCUCCUCCCAGACGAACCGGAGGACGAUCCGGUCGAUCCAAUAAUUCGCACUGUUCGAGUACACGUGGAAGUCGUACGAAGCAUCGAAAACGCCUAG